CACAGGUCCUGUCAUAUUAUCAUUUUCCAACACCACCACCACCACCACCGUUUCACCCAUCAUAUCAUAAAUAAAAACCAUAUCAAAAAAAUCUUUUAAGACACAACACACUAAAACAUGGAGAAACUCUCUUACAACAACUCCUAUCCAGACUCAACCGACUCAUCUCCUCGAUCUCGUGAGAUCGAUUUUGACAAUCCUCCGCCAUGGGACGAUCACAACAACCACUACAAAGUGAGGUUCAUGUGUAGCUACGGCGGCAAGAUUCAGCCACGUCCUCAUGAUAACCAGCUAACUUACGUCAACGGAGAGACCAAGAUUCUCUCCGUUGAUCGCGGGAUUAGAUUCCCGGUUUUAGCCUCCAAACUCUCCGCUGUGUGCGGAGAUGUUGGAGGCGGAGAUGUUUUGUUUAAGUAUCAGCUUCCGGGGGAGGAUCUAGACGCGUUGAUAUCUGUGACCAACGAUGAUGAUCUUGAGCAUAUGAUGCAUGAGUAUGAUCGUUUGGUUCGUGUGUCGGCUAAACCGGCUAGGAUGCGUUUGUUUCUUUUUCCGGUUAGUUCUGGUGGGUUUGGAUCGGAGGGUUCUAGUCACUCGGAUCGUGAUCGGUUCGUUGAGGCGUUGAAUACGGUUCGUAACCGGUCUGAACCGGAGAAAGGUGUGACGGAGAAAAUUGCGGCUCCGCCGCCACAUGAGGUGAAAGUACCGGUUCCGGUGGUGGUGGAGCCUCCGGUUCACCGGGUGGAGAUGGAAAGACAAGUGCAUGAGUUUCAGAGGAUGCAGAUUAGGGAUCAAGAAGCUGGUUUAAUGGAAACCGGAGGAUACUUAUCUCCGCCGUACUCCACCGCGCAACCACCACCGCCGCCGCAGCAGAUGAGUCUUCAAACCAAUACACAAGCUCCUCCUAUGCCUUACUGGCAAGGAAACAAUUCUAAUCCAGGAGGUCUGUAUCCAACAACUGCUCCGGGAAUCCCGGAGCAGCCUGUAUACAUGGUUCCAGCUCCAACUCCAACUCCACAUCCAGGAACUGUAUACCACGCGCCGCAAGGCGUCAUGAGACCAGGACAAGGAAACCAAGGUGGUUACUACCCUCAGGUACAGAGGAUACCUUCAGAUACUUAUAGAGAACAGAACCAACCUGCCUAUAACAACAUAGCUCAGCCACAAGUAGGAGCAAGGGCACCACAACAACAACAACCUCCUCCUCCGCAGCCUUUUACCUCAGGUCCUCUUCCUCCUCCUCAGCCGCAAUACUCUGCAGCUCCACCGCUAAGGCAAGUGGUGGGAUUACCAGAUACAACGGCGUAUACUCAGGUGAAUUACGCAGGAGGAAUGGGGAAACAAGUGUACUACACGGAGGCACCACCUCCACAGUACCAUGGAGGAGUUGGUUUACCUGUUAAUGGUAUGAGUGAAGUGAGAACCGGACCAGAUGGGAGGCCUGUUGUAAUGAAUGUGUCACCAAAAGUUUCAUCACAGAGUUCAGAUUCAGCAAUGUGAUAUGAGGUAUUAUUGUUUAAACCAAGUUUCAUCAUCAUCAUCAUAUAGUAGUGUAAUUGAGUUUACUUUGGUAUUUGAUUGUCUGAUAAAUAAUGUUCAUCUUUUGUUAUAAUCUUUAUGAUGUUCUUGAUUCUGCAAUUUCUAUAUAACUUUUUGUCUUAUUUUCAUGAACCUUUGUCUCUUGUGCAUGCACUUUUUCAUUUCUUUUGUUUUUGCUCAUGUCAACUAAAAAUAAAACAUAUCGGUUGUACAAGAGAAGAACUAAUGUAAAAAUGAAUCAUAUUUUG